CAGAAGCGCAAAUCCAACAUUCCAAUGGCUAUCGUUAUCCAUGCCGGUGCAGGCUACCACAGUCUCCAAAACGAGAGCUUCCAUCUUGCUAUGUGCUCGAAGGCCGCAUCUGAGGGCAUGAAGCUUCUAAAGGCUGGCCGCACAGCCGUCGAGGCUGUCGAGGCGGCAAUCAAGGUGCUCGAGAAUAACGAGAUCACGAACGCGGGGUAUGGCAGCAAUCUGUCUAUCGAUGGCACCGUCGAGUGCGAUGCUACGAUGGUUGAUCACUUUGGUCGAAGCGGGGCUUGCGGAGCUGUGCCCAACGUCAAGAACCCUAUAUCGCUUGCCAAACUCAUUCUCGAAACCAGCUCUCAGUCACUGACCCUGCGGCGCGUGCCACCCAACUUCUUAGUCGGCGAAGGCGCCAAGUUGUUCGCGGUCGAGCACGGCAUGUCCACCGUAACCAACGAGCAGCUCACCUCUCGCAAUGCCAAGGACCGAUAUACCAGGUGGCGAGCCGACCUGGACAAGAUUCGAGGCGUGAACAGCGUCGGUACCCAGGUCAAUGUUGUUGAAGGGCCCUCCCCGCCUCAGGCUGUUCAGGCUCAGGAACAUGGUCAGGACCAGAUGAUGACCACCGCACCCAAGGCUCACCAGGGAUCCCUGCGUGACCAUACCAGCGCCAUCAUGACCGCCACGUGGAACGAGGGCCAGCCUGAUUCACCCUCUUCAGAGUUUAACAUAGAGUCGCCCACUCCGACUACCAUAUACUCCACCACUCCUAACAAGAAUGGCACGACUUGGGCUCCAAAGGCAGGCUUAAACCAUGGUGUCGCAUCCCUUGAUGGGUCUCCCGAAGGUGGCCCAGUGGCUGAUUUGUCUUCGACAUCCAACUAUUCUUCACACGAUAGCUGCUCGCUGAAGCGCCGCGCUAUCACGGAGAUGACUGCCGAGCCCAACGAUGCGGACCUUGAUUUGAUCACAGACACUAUGGGUGCCAUUGCGAUCGACAAGUGGGGCAACAUCGCUGCCGGCUCGUCCUCGGGCGGGAUCGGUAUGAAGCACAGGGGCCGCACCGGCCCAGCUGCCCUUGUUGGCAUUGGCACUGUCGUGAUUCCCUACAACGAGCAUGACCCGGACUUCAAGACAGUUGCGGCGGUGACGAGUGGCACGGGCGAGCACAUGGCUACUACCAUGGCCGCUGCCAAGUGCGCCGAGCGACUGUACCAAGGUACAAUGAAGGGUCCCACCGGCCGCGACGUCGAAGAGGAUGAUACUGCCGUGAUCAUGCAGAGCUUCGUGGAGAACGACUUCAUGGGUCACCCGGGCGUCCGCAACCAGACCAGUGCUAGAGCCAUUGGAGUCAUGGCCGUCGAGGUGAACGAGAAGGGCGUAUACCUGCAUUGGGCCCAUAAUACCGACUCGUUCGCCCUGGCCAGCUUCAACCUCAAGGAUAAGGUGCCUCAUACCUGUAUGUCGCGUCUACCCGAGGGUUCAAGCGUCAAUGUUGGCGCCCGUAAGCUGAGCAACGGCGAUCAAAUCUUUGACUAG